AUGUCCACGGUAGCAGUUGUGGAGAGCGGUGGCACGGUGUGCGACUACGCGCUCGUCUACGCGGAGAAGAAGAACGACGGCGACGCGCCGUACUCGGUCUCCUUCACCGCGACGCAGAGCGGCGACGUCAUUGUGCAGCUCCACCCGCACUCACAGCUCGAGCGCGCGGUCCGCCAUGAGCGGCAGGCGCAGGCCACGGAGCCGCCCGCGAGCGCGAGCCCUGCGGCGCCGCCAGCCCCUGCCGCCGAGCCGCCAGCUGCGGAGCCGGCGACCAACAUGACGAAGCGCGGGCAGCAGCAGCGCGGCAAGGGCCGCAGUGCCAGCGGCCGCGCCAGUGCUGGACCCCGGCUCGUCGACAAGAACGCGCUGUCCGCUGUCGGCGCGCGGCGGCGGGCCCUCGCGCCAGGUCAAAAAUGA